AUGGCAAGGUUACUCAAAUUAUCCACCGCUUUUCACAUAAAACACGAAACCAAUCCGGAUAACACUUUUUAAUUCCCGGAACAACACCAAAAAUUGAAAAGUCGAUUUUGAUGAAAAUAUGUCAUUAAAGGAUUUAGAUUAUUUCACAGGAGAACAAUUGAAAGAUGGACAAAUGGCUCAAUUUUUCAAAAGGUUUUUACACAAGGAACUACAGAGACACGUGAAAAUAAGAAAUGACGUUGCUGAUGACAGGGAAUAUGAUUUUCGACACGAAGUUCGCGGCAUUGCCAUUGUCAUUAGUAACGGAGUGUUCAGCCCGGACACUGGUUCAGUAACAGAGCCUAGAUCGUAUGCAGAGGAAGAGCUUUGUAAAAUGAGAGAAAUGUUUUCAGGACUGGGUUUCAUUGUAAUGCUUUUCAAGGACCUAACAGCUCGACAGAUGCACGAUGUCAUACAGACAGUUACCUCACAAGAAAUGGACUUUUUUCUGGAGAAAUCGGACGCUUUUGCUUGCGUUCUAGCUUCACACGGAAAUGAAAUCCAGGAAGAUUCACCAGCUGAUCCAGCUGUUAAGGUGUUCCAUCACAUUAUCUAUGGAACGGAUCGAGCAAUCAGAACGCAUUUAUUGGUAGAUUUGUUACACGAUAACCGUUGUAAAAAACUUCAAGGAAAACCCAAACUUUUCUUCAUACAGGCUUGCAGAAGUCGAUUUAAUGACCCGAAUCGCUUUGAUAGUGGUGUCAAGAUACUCACGUCCAAUAAGCGUAGGAUUCCAGAAGUAGGGCAUGACAAAAAAGAAAGCAUUUCAAUAAAUUCCACCACUUCCUUUGCUGAUACGAAAUCCCCGAUUAGUGAUGGUUUGUGCGGAGACAAAAUAAAAGAUGGUGGUCGUAAAUCUGAUGGUUCCGAGUCAUCCAUCGAAGUAAUUCCCUGUUUGGAAGUUUUACACGAGGUAACGCAUGACGUUUCUGAGGAUCCAAGCAUCGCUCAAAGAGGCAUAAAAUGGAUCAAGAAGCUUGUGUUCAGAAAGGUGGACAGGAUUGCAAGAAAUGAUGUACAUGACGAAGAUACCAUGACAACUGUGAUGACACCAUGUCACAAUGAUUUCCUCGUUAUGUAUUCUACAUCUCAAGGUAAAGCUAGCUUUGGUCGGGAGGAAAAAGGAGGGUGGAUGAUUCAUGUCAUGCAUAGAAUCAUGGUUCAACACGUCGAAUUCAUUCAAAAGGAUAAGGAGAACUGUCUAGACUUCCUAUCCGUUAUGACAAACGUGAUGCGUCAUAUUGGAUUUUAUUUUGAAACGGACACAGGGAACCCCAAUACAUCUGGUUAUAAAGCAGCACCAACCCUUCAACACAAAUUGUCUAAAGAUCUUAUUUUUAGAAAUAAAUAUGUAUCGUAACAAAUGCCUUGCACAUACAAAGAUAAAUUAAUGCAUGUAACAAGAGGCUCAUGGACAUAGAUUGAUUGAUUGAUGUUUUCCACCACACUCAACAACCCAGUUUUUUAUUGGUGGAAGAGAGAACCCAGAUACAAUGUACCUGGGAAGAGACCACCGACCUUCCGCAAGUAAACUGGGAAACUUUCUCACUUACCGGCGGACAUAGAUAUUCAGAAGAAUCACAUUACUCAUACUGAGAAAUGAAUCUUAAUGUAUAUUAAGUUCCAGAAAAUGGUAAUAUUCAACAUCCUGUCAUAUAAACAGUUAGGUGGAGAAACCAUGUACCCUGAAUUAACAAACUUUCACCACUUUUUGUGGAAAUCACUUAACUGCUAGUAUUUAUAGAAUUUUUUUAGGUCACCUGAGUAAACUCAGGUAACCUAUUGCAAUUGGUUGUCAUCCGGUGUCGUGCGUUAACAAUUAAACAUUUUUAACUUUUUGAUAACUACUAUUCCAAUUCUUUUCAAAUUUGGGAUGAAGCAUCUUUAGGACGGGGGGGGGGGGGCAUAAAUUGUAUAUUUCAGGACUCCUGUCGCCUUGGGCCUUAGGGGUUGGACAAAAACUUCCAAAAAUUGACCUAUUUUCAAACAUUUUCUCUUCAACCGUAAAUGUGUAAGAGAAACUAAAUGCAUAGUGAUGUAGGAAGGCGUCUACCAAAAUUGUAACUUUCAUGAUACCCGUGUUAGGGGUUCUGACCCCAGGGUGGAACUAAACUUGGUAUAUUGUGUUUAUGUGUAAAACACUUAGAUAACAUCUUCUUUAGUGCUAUUGAUACUAAAUUGAAAGUAAAUGGAUAUUUAGAAAGAAUUUGGUAUGAAGCAUUUUUGGUACAAGGGGGGGGGGGGCAUAAAGUGUAAAUUUCAGGACACCUGCAACCUCUUGGGCCCUAAAGGUAGGGAAAAAACUGCCAAAAAUUGACAAAUUUUCAAAUAUCUUGUACCAAAAUUGUAACUUUCAGGAUGUCCGCGGUAGAGAUUCCAGGGUGGGUCCAAACUUGGUAUGUAUAGUGAAUAUGUGCAAAACAUAUAAAUGUUAUCUGCUUUAAUCGUGUUAAUGUUAUUGGUACUAAAUUGAAACUAAAUGGAUAUUUAGAUGUAGAUAGUCGUUUACUAAAGUUGUGAAUUUCAUGAUCACAGGGCCGCGGUUUUGGUUUCAGGGUGGUAUCAAACUUAUGAUAACGAUUUGAAGGGCUUCAAGUUUGCUGAUACAGUAUCAAAUCUAAAUGCAUAUUUAGGAAUAGCAGAAAAGGAUGUACAAAAAAUGAUGAAUUUCACAACACCAGGGGUUUGACUCUAGGGUUGGUCUAAAUUAAUCAUACCGUUUAAUGCUAACACAUACAUUAUAUUAUGUAAAACCUUUCAUCAGUGCAUGCACUUUUGAGGGCAUUAAAGAUUUAAGAACACAUCUUGUCUAAUACACUGUUUCUGAAUAUUAGAAUUUAGCUUAGAUAUUCAGAAUAGGAAUUUUUUCUAGAUGUCAUAGCCCUUGGCACUAGUGAUACUUAAAUUAGUACUCGGGUGACUGAUAAAGACUGUAGGCCUCUUGUAUUUUGUAAAAAUCAUCAACGUAUAUUAAUUUCAUGAUAAUCUUAUAUGUGACUGAAUUGUUUGAAAGUUUAUACAUAUGAUAUUUGAAUAAAUGUUGGGCUUUC